AUGGCGUACUACGAUUCGUCCAGCGGUAUAAACCCAAUUGUUUGCAAGUUACUCGUGUUCAUACAGAACAAAUGGACUGACUAUGCGUGCAGAUAUCAAACCGAGCACAAUGUUACAUAUCCGAAAUUCAGUGUUUUCGAGAGGUUCAUACAGGAAAUGAGCUCGCGAAUGAACAACCCGAGUUUCAAUUACACCGAUGGUACUGCGGUACCUAGCGUCAGCAAAGAACAACGUCGUACUGCGUCUACUGGAAGUAGGAAUGCAUACGUCUUUUCAAAGAAAACGGAAGUUAAUAAUGUGCCUACAGCAUUUUUGUGCCCACUUCAUGACAGUGCGAGAGAAGUGAAGCAUUUGUUAUCAGGUUGCCACCUGUUUCUAUCGAAAUCCAAGGACGAAAAGAGGGAAAUUCUCUUAAAACACGGCGUGUGCUUUAAGUGUUGUAAGGACAAACAUUUGGCCAAGGACUGUACAGAAAAAGUAAUCUGUACUGUGUGUAAAGGUUCAUCGCAUUGCACCAUGUUUCAUGAUGACAAAUAUCAGCCCCGCCAGUCUCACGGCGAGGAAAGGACAAGUAUCAGGGGAGACAAUCGUAAGAUAAAUUCCAAGUGUACACAGUUGUGCGGUGAAACCGGUCCCUUCGUGGGGAAAUCGUGUGCAAAAACGGUGUUAGUAAAUAUCUACAAGGACGGACAACUUAAUAAUGUGUUGCGUGCUUAUGCCAUUAUAGAUGAGCAGAGCAAUCAGACAUUGGCCAAAAGUGAGUUCUUCGAUUAUUUUGGAGAUCAUUCUACGGAAACCGGAUACGUACUUUCAUCAUGUGCCGGUGAAAUUCAGGUAACCGGGAGGCAAGGCAGCGGAUACGUAAUGGAAUCAUUGGACAAGGAAUACUCAUUAAAAUUACCGUUGAUUACAGAAUGCAAUCAUAUUCCGAAUGUGAAACAAGAAAUACCUACACCGGAAGUUGCACGACACUAUAGUCACAUGCAGGACAUUGCUCAUCUUAUCACAGAGUAUGAAAACGAUACGCCCAUAUUGCUUCUCGUUGGCAGAGAUCUCAUUUCGGCGCAUCAUGUGUUGGAACAGCGAACUGGACAUGAACGUGAACCAUAUGCACAGAAAUUAAAAUUCGGUUGGGUAGUUGUAGGAGAAUCGUGCCUAGGUCUCGUUCACAAACCUACGGUCAUAACUGUGAGCAAAACGGUCGUUUUACCGAAUGGCAGACCUACUCUCAUGGAUCCGUGUCCGAAUUACUUCAAGGCUCAGUUUGAAAAAUCCGAUAAGUUGCCAAUUGGAAUGGACAUAUUUCAAAGAACAAAAUUCGAUGAUAUACCUGGUUACUCGCAACAGGAUAAGGAAUUCAUGCGUGUCAUGGAAGGGGAGUUUAUUAAGGACGAGUACGGUAAUUGGAGUGCACCGUUACCGCUAAAAAAGGAACGACCCACUUUGUCAAACAAUAUGGAUCAGGCAAGGCAUCGCGCAGAAAAUCUACGAAAGUCGUUACUGAAAAAUCCUACUAAGCGCGAACAGUUUUGUGCGUUUAUGCAAAACAUUUUUGACAAGGAGCAUGCAGAGGUAGCUCCCGAGUUACAAGACGGCGAGGAAGCAUGGUAUCUACCGAUAUUCGGGGUUUAUCAUCCCCAAAAACCCAACAAAAUCCGAGUCGUGUUCGAUUUGGCGGCAAAGUUUAAUGGACAUUCGCUUAACGACAUUCUCAUGACAGGUCCGGAUCUCAUAAACAAUUUGGUUGGUGUGUUAAUGAAAUUCAGGAAGGAACGAAUUGCGAUUAUGGCCGAUGUUGAACAGAUGUUUUUCAACUUCUAUGUGCACAAGCGUGACAGAAACUUUCUACGUUUCUUAUGGUUUCAAGAUAAUGAUCCCACACAACCGCUAAGGGAAUUUCGUAUGUGCGUGCAUGUGUUUGGCAACUCGUCUUCUCCGUGUAUUGCCACACUUGGAUUAAGGAAAUCUGCUUGCGACCAUAUCGAUUUUUCCGCGUGCGACGAGGUGUGUUGUUUCGUCAAAGAGAGCUUCUACGUUGACGAUGGGUUGACCUCUGUAUCUGACGAAGGUCACGCAGUGCAGUUGUUGAGAGACACUCAAGCUCGAUUACGGCAAAACGGAAACAUUCACUUGCACAAGUUCUCGUCGAACAGUGUUGAUGUUUUAAAGCAGUUUCCAAAAGAGGAUACCAGCGAAAUUUGCGAUAUGGACUUCGAUGAUGUCGUUCAUAGGAGUCUCGGACUACGUUGGAAAGUCGGUUGUGAUACGUUCACGUUUAGUGUUUCUGAUGAGGUGAAACCGUUCACCAAACGAGGCGUACUUUCUACAAUACAUAGUGUAUUCGACCCCCUCGGCUUUGUGGCACCAGUUAUUCUUGGAGGCAGACUAUUAAUGCGAAAUGUGUUAUCGUCAAAGGAUCUUGACUGGGAUGACCCUUUACCUCCGGACUUGAACUCUGAUUGGAAAAAAUGGAGGUCUUCGCUUAAAGAUCUGGAACAGUUAGAAAUUUCGAGAUGUUACUCCAAUUCGUCAUUGGAAAAGGCAAUUCGUCGUGAACUACACGUAUUCUCAGACGCGUCAAGGAUGCCAUAG